CAAUUUUAAUUGUUUAAUCCACAUUAUUAAAACAUUAAAAGUCGAGAUAAUCAACAAAAUAAUAAACCACGCUCUGAUUUGUAGAGAGCUGUCGCAAGCACACCCCUGAUUCUAAGUACAGUCAGGUAACUGAUUUAAAGAUGCCAGUGAGAAAUCUUUUUGUAAAUAGAACUAUCAUUUUAUCAUAUGAAAAAUCCCUCUUGGGCAAUCUUCCUUGCAAACUCAAAUAUCCAUAUAUAACAUCUUCAGUGUUUUCUGGCAAGGUAGAUUAGGAUUCAGCUUGACUGUUUCCUCAGCCUCCUCCAUGUUGGUAGGUUUUGGAGAAGAAAACUGAACUGAACCAAGCAAAAGAUGGAAGAUUCGGGGAAUAUCGAGAGGUGACUUUGCAAGAAAAGGCAAGUCACCAGAAGGAAGGCCCUUAUAGGCUAAGAAGCAGAAGAACCGGUAAACGUGGGAUGGAGUGGCGUGGGGUGUUAAAGUAAUUGAGGCAGAGAAUAAUGAGGGCCAGCAGGAGCAAAGAGAUACUACGACUGUAGUAGGAAUGAGCAAAAACAUGUUUAUCAUUGCAUAUGGGAAAUAUCUCUAGUGGAAUCUAAGCUUCUGUAUCAGUUCCGUACUUGUGUCCCGAGCACCUCGCACGGUGCUUGGCUUAAUGCCUAUGGAUUGAUCGGAUGGAAAAGGGGGUGCAAUCCAACAAAGUCUGUUCCUAGUUUUCAAGAGGCAGGUGUUGGUCAAAGGAAUUUCAACAAUUAAACAGGAACUAGAAACAUGCUGUUACUGUGCUCAUUUCAGGGACUCCUGUAGAUCCUCACCAUGGAGAAAUCUGAAUACUUCCCAUAGGAUCCACCUAUCAUAUUUUGCCCAGAUGGAGUAUUUGUAGGUGAGAAAUGGUCUCGAGGGCACUUGAGUAACGAUAUGGGAGUGAACAUACAUUUUUGGGAAAUGUUUGGAUGGCUGCAGGGUGCGCUGGAAAAUGCCGCCCCCCAAAACAAACAAAGAGUACCGGAAGCAGAGGCAUCAGCACGGAGUGAUAGACAAUCUUGGGGAAAUCACCUCUUUCAACCAGCAAAGUGUGCCUGGUAGGACACCGAUCCUGGAAUCUGGAAGCCAAUCACUGGCCCUACGGCCCCGGGCAACUGAUUUAACCUCUCUCAGCUUCAGUUUCCCCAUCUGCAAAAUGGGGUUAAUAACCUCUACCUCCCGAGGUUGCUGUGAGGGGCGAGUGAGACGCUCCUUGCUGGCGUGGUGCCUGUACUUAAUCGCUCAGCCUCAGUUUCCCAUCUGUAAAACGCGGAUGAUGAGAAGGGUAUUCCCGCGUCCCCCUCCUCCCCCGCCCCCGCCCGGGGUGCAGCGAGAGUCAAACGCGAUAACAACGAGCCGCGUGUCUUCAUUACUCUCACUGCUUCAUCACCGCCCUUCUGCGGAAGCCACGGGAUUCGAACCCGCCGUUCCCAGGCCCCCGGGUGUCCGAGAAGCCCCCUUUGCACCACAUCACGUGCGCGGGCGGGAGAGCGAGGGCUGCGCAGGCUGGUCGCGGAGGCCUUGAGCUAGCUGGAUUGGGGUCACCAGUGAGAAGCUCUGUAGAGCUCAACAUGAGCUACACUUCCAAGCUGCUACCUAUCUUUGUCUUCUUCGAAGUACUCGGAACC